AUGUGCUGCGCUUUUGCUUCUGGCAUCCUACACAGAAGCAUUCACCCCGACGUGCCGCAACCUGCCGGGCGACAGGAAUUGACCAGCAAAGGCGACUUGGGAUGCCUUCAAGAGGCGAAGCACAGAGCUUUGCUACCUCUAACGGUCUCAUCAUUGUCGGAGGCGUUGAGCGGCGGUGGCCCCGGCAAUUACGGCGUUGUCACGUCGGUAACAGUUCGUGCCUACCCAGAUGCGACCACUGCCGGGGCUACCUUGUUCUUCAAUACAACUGGCAUGCCUACCGAUAUUCUCUACUCGGCAUUGGAGCGUUUCUACUCUGUUCUUCCGUCUUGGACUGAUGCACGCCUUCAUGGCGGGUUCGCCUUUUCAUCCUCAUUCUUCUCCAUCGCCAUAACAGCCUACAACCAAACUUCAAGCACGGUGGAAUUCAACAUGACACCUUUUCUACACAUGUUGGACAACCCCAACAUCACCUACUCAGUCCAGUUCGUUGACCAGCCUCGAUACUAUGACUUAUGGAUGUCAAAGGACUCUGGUGCCGUAGGAACACAUUGGGGCUCUAGUGGACGUCUUAUUCCGAGGGCCACUCUGCAGAAUCCUGAUAGCCUUGCAGAUUUGAUGCGAGUGAUCCAAUUCCAGGUCGAAGAUGGCGCAAUUGUAGGUGGAACCGUCCUCAACGGGACGAGCCGGACGGGCAUUCCCAACGCGGUGAACCCAGCUUGGCGUCAGGCUACUGUCCUCGCGUUGACAAUAACCGAUUGGGAUUUCUCGGGGACCUCUGAGGCAUGGAAUAGGAUGCUGGAGAAUCAGGAAAAGGCUACCGAGGUCUGGGAUCCCAUGUGGGAUGCUGUUACGCCUGGAAGUGGUAACUACGCUAAUGAAGCCGACGUUGCGAAACCCAACUGGAAGAAGGCCUUCUAUGGAUCCCAUUACGAUCGGCUCCUGGAGAUCAAGCGUAGGUGGGAUCCGAAAAGUGUCUUUUAUUGA